GAUACCGAGUCUUACCAGCUUAACCUUAAAUGGUGCGAAUUACAAUCCCUUAUGCUAAACGGGGAACGAUUAACGUGGACGAAUAACCUUGAAUCGUUAAAGAAUUUUGUGGAAAAUGGCUUGAAACUACAAGGAAAGUGGUCGUCGCCCGGAGGAAACGUAAAGCAAUUCAAAAGUUCUAACAAUAAUCUUGUCAUCAACUGGUAUAAUAAGAAACAGCUAACCCUUUGUUUCCAAGGUCGAGAUGGUCCCUCCUUAAAGGACAAGUUGGUCAAGUUUAUUCAAAAUAAACAGGGAACAGAAGCUGAUACGCCUGUCUCGUAUGCUUCAACAACCGAGCAAGAAAUUCCGCCUUCGCAAGAAGCCAAUGGCAUCUGCAGUAAUCGACUAGCUUCGGCCGCCGACGCCGAACUUGAGAACAGUAUUCAAGAGCGAUCGAACUCGGUUAUCAGUGCUGAUAUUGAGGGCUUAAAACUGGAUUUACUAAUUCUUCAGAAAAAGGUUGAAGCAAAUACAAGCCUUCUGUCGACGAAAUGCAAAUUACAAGAAACCGCUUUUAGCGCCGAGCUCCUCGAUUACAAAGAGAGGUAUGAGAAGGUGUUAUCGACAUUAUCUAAAAAAGAUAAUGAAAUUGAGGUGUUGGAGGAAAAGUGUUUUUCCUAUGAGAGCCAAGUUUUGUCCUUGCAACAAGAAAAUGAUUCUCUUAAGCUGGCAAUGAAGAUCAUUAUGCAAGAAAGAAGCGAGGGCGAAUGCCGCCAACAAAAGAUAUGUGAUUGUUGGUCCCAAGUGGGCACACUUGGGAAAAGUGUGAAUGAUAAACAUAUCCAACGGCCGUUGGCGGCCUGCAAUAUAGUAACUCAGAACAGAUUUGAGCCCCUUAGAAGUGAGGUACAAUUCCAAGUGAGAAAUGAGGACAACUAUACUGCAAAUAACGAAGAAAGUCGCCAACAACAGCAACAGCAA